AUGGAUAAAAUUUUGGCGUGCUAUGAUUUUCCAUCACUUGUCAAUAACAGUAGAAUGAUCCAACUUUUAUGUACAGUUUCACAGGUAAAAUUAUAGAAAAAAGAAAUAUUGAGAAUUGUCAAAUAUAUAUUUUCAGCUCAUAUUCAUUUACACGGAAUCUGGUUCUUUGUCGUUCUUCACAUUUUUGUUCUAUUCGAUUCUUGUUGGAAUGCAUGUUCUUCAUUUGGCAAGAAGAUGGUAAGAAUUGGGGUUACUGUAAUAGUUUUUUUUUUGACAUGAAAUAAUUUACUUUAAAAAUUAAAUGUUGAAGCAGUGAUUUUUAGCCAAAAAUUUUAAAGCAAUCUCAUUCCUUGAAUUUAUAUAUCUAAAGAUUCUUUGGAAAAAUGUACAGUAGUUUUAAUUGCCCAAGAAUACAGUCUACUGUUUUUCACUUCUAGGUACUGUAGGUUGUUCUGUCAAAAUUUGAUCCAAGGGCUACUGUAGAAAUAAAUAAUUUUUGCGAAUGAAUUUGUCUUUUUUUAAAGAAAUUUUUUUCAACCAUUCUGAACAACUUUCGGAGCCGUUCAGCAAAAAUUGAAAACAGGACUUUUCUCAGCAGAUUUUGUUUUUUAGUAUGUCUAAAUUUAAAGGUAUUACAAUAUCGAUGGUCGUUAUGAUUUUCGUCAAGUAAUUCGUGAUAAUGAAAUGACAUUGCGUCUUCAAUAUGUUGUUGGUAAGAAAUCUUUUCAAAUUUUUCUUUCAAAAAAUAAUUAUCUAUUUUCAGCCUUGUUUUCUCCAUUGGUUUUGGGUCUUUUUACAUAUUCAUUCGUUGAACUCAAAAAUGGAUUAGUUCAUACACUUUUCCACACUUCUGUUUGUAUUCAGGUUAGACUUAUAAACGAAUCUUCAGCUUCUCAAUCCAAUACAUUUUUCAGAUUCUUUGCGCAUCAAUUCAACUUGGAUGUGAAUUCUUCGAAGUUGUUGUAAAUCCAAAUGCAAAUAAUUCAUCAUCAACAGCAAAACCAAAAUCAAAUUCAGUUCAAGCACCAGUCACUGAAGUCAAAAAACAGGAAUAA